UAGUGAAUGCAGGAUCCAGGGAGACCAGAUAUAGUGAAUGCAGGGUCCGGGGAGACCAGAUAUAGUGAAUGCAGGGUCUGGGGAGACCGGAUAUAGAGAAUGCAGGGUGCGGGGAGACCAGAUAUAGUGAAUGCAGAGUCCGGGGAGACCAGAUAUAGUGAAUGCAGGGCCUGUGGAGACCAGAUCAAAAAAUAAACCACAGCCUCUAAAGAGGUCUGAUGAAAAGGCUGGUUGCCUAGAAACGCGUCACCGCCCCCUUUGG